AUGGAACGUGCUCGUGAAACUGGUCUAAAAUUCAACGCUGACAAGUGCAAAUUUGCCAGCAAGGAACUUGUUUUCUUUGGUCACACUCUCWGUGCUGACGGUCUAAAGCUCGACCCAAGCAAAAUCAAAGCCAUUGACAACAUGGAUCCUUCAGGAAGUCUAGUUGACCUUCAGACAUUCCUAGAGAAAGGACCAGUCGAACACAGAAGCAAACUCCUCACAGAGACUGAAAGAAGAUACUCUAACAUAGAGAGAGAAAUGCUUCCAAUAGUUCAUGGCCUAGAGAAGUUUCACUACUAUGUGUAUGGWCGUCACGURRUUGUCCAAACAGACCACAAACCGCUGGAAGCAAUUUUCAAAAAACAUCUAUCAAGUGCGCCACCCCGUAUUGCGCAGAUGAUGCUCCGAAUCCAAAAAUAUGAUGUUGAAAUCAAAUAUGUCCCUGGUAAGGAUAUACCUCUUGCUGAUGCACUCUCACGACUUAACCCAUGUCACGGUGAUGCAAUCUCCGGCCUCAAUGUUUCGAUACACGAGCUACACCGUCACCUCAACGCUACCCCAACAAGGAUAAAACAUAUCCAAGAAGAAACCAUGAAUGACACCGAACUCCACACACUUCGUGCAGUCAUUUCUCAAGGAUGGCCUGAAUGUCCUGCAACCCUACACCCAUACUGGAACUAUCGAGAUGAACUUACUGUCGCCGAUGGACUARUACUUAAGGGUACACGCAUUGUGAUCCCCAAGAACCUGCAAUCAGAAGUUCUUCAGCAACUCCACUAUGCUCACCAGGGUUCUGAGAAAUGCAAACUUAGAGCCAAAGGAUCAGUAUUCUGGUCAAAUAUAAAUACCGACAUUGAAAACAUGGUCAAAGCAUGUCAACACAAUCAGCCUAUGAAUACUAAGGAACCGCUUAUGCCUCACGAUAUUCCAUCCAAGCCUUGGCAUACUUUAGGAUCUGAUCUGUUCUUUUGGAAUGGUUCACCAUAUCUACUCAUCUCUGACUACAGCAAAUUUCCCAUUGUGCGCAAGCUGAACAACAUUCAAUCAUCUACUGUCAUCGCACACCUUAAAGGUAUAUUUGAAGAACAUGGGAUCCCAGACAAACUUGUCACAGGACAUGACACGCARUUUACCUCCGCUUUAUUCAAAGAUUUUAGCUGUGCGUAUGGUUUUGCUCAUGUUACUACAAGCCCAUACUACAAGCAAUCCAACGGCUUUAUAGAGCAAACUGUACAGACUGUUAAGAAUUUGUUACAAAAAUGCAAGGAAUCAGGUGUAGAUCCACACCUUGCAAUGCUGUGUCUUCGCACAACUCCACUAGACCAYAACCUUCCAUCGCCUGCAGAACUGCUAAACUCUAGAAGAUACCAGUCAAAUCUUCCAGCCAUAUCCAAGCAUGCUAUGUCUGACAGACAUGACUAUGAUGCUAACACGAAGCUACAGCACAAACAGGAUCGUCAGAAGUACCACUAUGACCAGACUUCGAGAGCGCUACCACCGGUCUACCCACAGGAUGCAGUCAGAGUGUUCAACCCUCUCAACUCUAAGUGGGAAGCAGGGACUGUUCAAGCUACCAUAACAACACGUCGUUCUUACACCGUCAAUAUGAGCAGAGGCGGGAUCUUAACGAGAAACCGUAGACACAUACGCCGACCURCUGGUGAAACAGUCAAACCUAAUAUUCCAGCGUUGCCAACACCGACGACAUCUGACGAUCUAGCAGCGGACAACAAACCUAACAUAAAACAGGAGCAACCUACACCAAGCAGCCCUAUCAAGCCCAAGGAUAUAACACCACCCACUCCACCUGUCCGAAGAUCCACUCGUCUAGUGAAGCCACCUGAUAAACUGAACUUAUAG